CACCUCUUACCAGCACUCUGCACAAGCGGCACGAGAAGCAAUCCAUAGAGUGAGGAGGCAAUACCCUGCUAGUAAAGAUGUUAAUGGGUAGGGUCCGGUGCGGGUAUGCCUAUACCAAAUCCUUACCCGCCGUGUACGCCUUCGUAAAAUACCCAAGUAAAAUAACCGCCGGGUAUUGAAAUGAGAUUACCAUACCCUACCUAUCGGGUAUCCACGGGUAUGCAGGUAACCACGGGUAUGAUUUCUGCAAAAGCACUUCCUUUGAUUCUUCUCUUUUCUCUCACUAGAAACAAGCACUUGGAAGAGAAGGAUUGUAAGGAAGAAGGAAGUAAUGAGUGAGAGUUGCAAUAAGAAAAUUGCAGGGAAAAGGGCUGGAGACAAGAGAGACAAACUGGGCUCCAUAUGUUAGUCCCAUUCAUUUACAGUGUGCUCUCUAAUUAGUUGGGCUUUGAGUUUGUCAAUAAGGCCCAUUAUUUUGACCGAGAUGUUGGCAAUCUUCCAUGUUAAUCAACUCCUCAUAAUCGGUGAUGGCCAAAGAAUAGUUACGGGCGUGUACUAGCAAUUACCGUACCCAUAUCCUACCCAUUUAUUUGAAACCGGGGAUUACCCGUACCCGCCACUCAACCCGUCAAAGUUGGGUAAUUACCUUCGUUGACUUGUUACGGUCGAGUAGGGUACCCAUGGUUACAGAUUUGAUUGCCAUCCUUACCUGCUAGAGCUCGACUAGGGAGCAUCCACUAUUGAUGUCUCUAUCAAUGAUGAAGUUGUUCUACUUCUCUAUGCGUAGCUAAUUUCCUAAUUCGAUCUAUUUAGGAUGUGAAUACUAUGAUGCUUUAUGUAUUACUUUCAAUGAUGACGCCUAUUCAGUUCAAUGUCUUUAUCAUCCAUGCUUGAGUUGAUUUAUGCAUGUAUUAUCUAUUGAUCAUUCAUUCGAUCCUUUAUUUAUCGUUUGCUUUAGUUGUUUUAUGUGUGUGACUCUUAUUCUAUGCCAUUAUAUCAUCGUGUGCUUAGUAUUUUCUAGGGUUUCAAGAAAUUACCUUCUACUGACAACCCAUUGAUGUUAGGUGUGUAUGGGAGGAGUAAUAACCAUCCAUGCAUUGACUAGUAUCAAUGCUCGAUUAUCAUAUGAUCGAUGCAAUAGACCAUCGAUUAUGGCCCGUAGAGGCCCCAUAAUUAAUCAUAUGAUAUCCUAACUUCCUUGUUCUUCAUUGAUUGGGUGAUGGAAUGAAGCAAAAAUACGCAUUAGCUUGUCAAAUUUCUAUUGCAAAAGGCGCAUGCAUGGGUAGAGAGUGACCUUAGAGGAAGGGAUAGAGUAUCACAACAGAUUAUGCAUAGAAGCAUCUCAUUAUUGAGUUAGUAUGCUUGAUCAUCUAGAAUCAUUACGUAAACAUUAGUUUCAUUGCUUGUUUUCUUGUUUGCAUUGCAUUGUUUGUUUCCUUUGAUUAGUAGCUUAGUAAGCUUGAAUAGGGCACCUCAACAUAUUUACUUUUCCUUGCAUAUUAAUUCGAGCUCAAUAGGUUAUGUUUGAGUAGUUACUAUCAAAAGACCUCAUGGAAUAUGACCCCAGGACAUUCAAGGAUUUGAUCGCUUGUUACUACAUCAAGUUUUUGGGCUGAGAACAUUUUAUACUAAUUGAAAGAAACUAACCCCUUGUGUUUGAUUACUUUGGAAAACUAUUUCCUCCUUGUUUAUUUUUAUUUUGUAAGAAUCGUACUCAAGGGAAGCACUGCAAGGCAUCCAAGGACGAGAAUAGUUAAAGCAUCACUUGGAGAAGGAUGAUUUUCUCAUCUCUAGUCGAGUGGUUUCGGCCAAAAGCUCGAAGAUCGAAGCAAGCAACAUCCAUCAUCCUCCGCUACUUCCUUGUGAGCUAAGGAUACGUGACGAAUGGAUGAGCAAGGACACGUAUCUAGAAGAAUUGAGGAUACUAAAGAGGACGAGACUUUGCCCAACCUUGGAUGACAAGAAGCAAGCUAUCAAAGAUAUUGAUGCAAGACACCAGAUCAAGUCAUAUGAAUCGUCCUUGACCUCUCCCCUCCGAGGUACAGUUAAGUGUCUGGAAAAAAUGAGAGUGUAUUCAUCCAAAGGAUCCCAUGAGGAUCACAUACAUUGUAGCGUCAUAAAGUUUAGACCCAUUAGGAGGGGUGUUGGAACAAGCACUAUGCAUGCUCAUGUCUCAUUCGCCCUCAAUGACAGUCGAAGAGCGAGAUAUACUCAUAAUCUAGUCGAGUCCAGAAACGUCCGUGAUUUUCAUUUUGUGCAAACAAACGAGACCCCAGAGGAGCUUUCGUACCAAUGAGAACUCGAGCCUUGAUGAAAAUAUCCUCUGGCCAGGGUCCAAGAGCCUAUUCUCACACCUAACCGGGCCACUAAUUUCCAAUGGACAGGAUACAAGGUGAGGAAGAGGUACCAAAUAAUGGAAUGGAUACGUUUAAUAAUGAAGAGGAGAUGCAGAUAGCCCAAAACCCUGAUAGUUUCUUCGUUAAGCCUUUUUUGUUCGGGCCAGUGUCCUAGGAGUCCGUAUUGGAAAUUUGGGGGAAUAACUUUCCAGCCAGCCAUCGUAGACUAUGGCGCAGCAUUACGCAAUGGACCGGCGUGCAGAGGAUCAGAGAGUAGUUGGGCGGAGCGGAGCUCAGGGCCUUUUGAGUUGACUUGAAAAACGAGGAAAACUUCUUCUCUCUAUUUCUAUUUGCCGCUGCUCUCUCUCCGUCUUAUCCCCUCCGGUGCCCGAAAAUUCAAAUCGCCAAGGAUGAGAGAAGAGAGAGCGGUUCUAACGUUUCGAAGCCUCCCAGAGCUGAAUUCAGCGCAGUGUAGUAGUCCGAGGAACGACAGCGGGGCUUUAUGGAAGAGCGCUCGGCUCAGUUGCAGUAUUCUAGGAUAUGGUGGCGGCGGCGGUGGCGGGAGGAGGAAUUCCGGCAAUUUCGCUUCCCUUACGAUGGUUGAGAAGGCUGAGAGGGCCGAAUUCGCCCCGUCCUCUGCGCAGCUAUUGAAACACCCGCUUGCUAUGCUGGCUUACGUCCCGCGAGGCGCCGCUAUUUUCAUGGCUGGUGCUGUCGCCGGAGCCGCCGCCAAGACGGUGACUGCCCCGCUUGAUCGAGUCAAGCUUCUCAUGCAGACACACGGUGUUCGGGUUGGGCAAGAAAGCGCUAAGAAGGCAAUUGGUUUUGUUGAGGCUCUAGCAAUGAUAGGAAAAGAAGAAGGAAUCAAAGGAUAUUGGAAGGGAAACCUCCCUCAGGUUAUUCGGAUCAUACCUUAUAGCGCCGUCCAGCUUUUCAGCUACGAGUUUUACAAGAAACUUUUUAAAGGGAAAGAUGAUGAACUGUCUGUUAUUGGAAGACUUGCAGCAGGUGCUUGUGCAGGCAUGACUUCCACUUUUGUGACAUACCCUUUAGACGUGCUAAGGUUACGAUUAGCUGUCGAAACAGGGCACCGGACAAUGAGUGAGAUUGCUCUAAUUAUGCUGCGAGAGGAAGGAGUUGCAUCAUUUUACUAUGGUCUUGGGCCUUCACUUCUCGGCAUCGCUCCAUACAUUGCAGUAAACUUUUGCAUGUUUGACUUAGUGAAGAAAUCUUUGCCAGAGAAAUAUCAAAAUAAGGCUCAGUCAUCUGUAAUAACAGCUGUGGUGUCUGCUGCUGUUGCCACACUCACGUGUUAUCCCCUGGACACAGUGAGAAGACAGAUGCAAAUGCGGGGUGCACCUUAUAAAACGUUUUUUGAUGCCUUUCCAGGAAUCGUGGAACGAGAUGGAUUUAUCGGCUUGUACAGGGGAUUUCUGCCCAAUGCGUUGAAGAACCUACCGAACAGCAGCAUUAGGCUAUCCACGUUCGACAUAGUGAAACGCCUAAUCUCAGCCGGUGAGAAAGAGCUCCAGCAAAUAACGGACGAAAAUCGUGCAAAACAGGGUUGAGCCGCGGCGGAUGUCAGUAGACGCCCAUGUAUAUCUUCACGGAAUUCGGGUUUUCAUGGUUGGCAAAAGGCAACCACGAGAGUAGCUUAAAGUGCAGGAAGAAACUAUAUAUGAUUUGGGCAGUCCGGUAGUAGUAGGUGAGAGCAUUCUUCAGUAGUAGUUUUGGUAUAUGUCAGUGCCUCCUGUAAUGUUAUCUUGUAGUGAAAUGAUCUCAUGUAGUGGUCAUGACCAUUCUUCGGCUUCCGGUGAUAGUCCUGGUGCCCUGUUUUUUUCGCAAGAACCCUUUGAUACCAUUUCCCUUCUAUUUAUAUCGCUAUUUCGUAUUAAUGUGUAAUUGAGGGAGGGAGUGGGUUUUCUUCACUGCUUUUUCAUUCAACUGAUUGUCUUCAAAGAAUUUGGGAAAAUAUGGCCACAGGAUUCACACUUGAAUCUAUGUGUAUUCAACAUGUGAUAGAAACCCGACCAGCGGGUCGGGUGACCAGUGGCAUAAUUGUUAUUUCAUGUUCUCUAGAAUUUCUAUUUUAAAGGUUCAGCAACGAACUUUUGAAGGCAGGCAAUAAUAAUCAAAGAAUUCC